CUUACUCGCGUCUCGCGAGAUCACGGCCUCUUCCCAGGCCGUCGUUGAUAGAGACAUAGGCCAUGUUCAGCAGCAGCGCGAAAAUUGUGAAGCCAAAUGGCGAAAAGCCUGACGAGUUUGAGUCUGGCAUUUCCCCAGGCUCUCCUGGAGCUGGAGAUGAACUCUGAUUUGAAGGCUCAGUUGCGGGAGCUGAACAUCACCGCUGCAAAAGAAAUUGAGGUUGGUGGCAGCAGGAAAGCCAUCAUCAUCUUUGUGCCGGUGCCUCAGCUUAAGUCCUUCCAGAAGAUCCAGGUGCGGCUCGUGCGUGAGCUGGAAAAGAAAUUCAGCGGAAAGCACGUGGUGUUCAUCGCACAGAGGAGAAUUCUGCCCAAACCCACAAGGAAAAGCCGCACGAAGAACAAGCAGAAGCGUCCCAGAAGCCGAACUCUCACUUCCGUGCACGACGCCAUCCUUGAAGACCUGGUCUUCCCCAGCGAGAUUGUUGGCAAGAGGAUCCGUGUGAAACAGGACAGUAGCCGGCUCAUCAAGGUCCACCUCGACAAGGCACAGCAAAACAACGUGGAACACAAGGUGGAGACCUUCUCUGGAGUCUAUAAGAAGCUGACAGGCAAAGAUGUUGUAUUUGAAUUCCCAGAAUUCCAGCUGUAAAGUACAGAUGACAAAAUAAAUUUGUUUACUGUCACAUC